UCAGUUCGUUUCUGAUGCAUACAGCUUUUUGCAAAUGUUCCAGUUCGUGGCGAUGCUGUCGGAUAAUCUAUCGACAGGCGUUAUAUGGUUUAGUUCCGCACUGUAUAAAAUGCAGGGCUACAGUAUAUGGCGGUAUAACAGUACAUACCUUGCUUUAGGUGGUUGUUCUUUAUUCCCUCCUUUGCCUCGGUACCAAGAUGCAUGUGCCAUUUUUAUCCCAGUUGAUUUCGACUCUGGGUACAAUCUAUCCUACGUCUUCGGGACCAGUCCCUCCUGGCGUCACCCCGUUAUCCGUUGUUGAACUUGCCUCAUUUGCGCCGUACACGCAGUUCGCAAGGGCGGCAUAUUGCGGUUCAGACGCCUUGAAAAACUGGAGUUGCGGAGAGGCUUGUGAUGCUGUAUCCGACUUCGAACCUACACUUGUCGGUGGCAAUGGAGAUGAUGUCCAGUAUUUUUUCGUUGGGUACUGGCCAUCCGAGGACGCCAUAGUUGUAGGACAUGAAGGCACUGACCCAACCCAGUUUAAAUCUGUUUUGACAGAUAUUGAAGCACUCCAUCAUACCCUUGACAUGAAUCUUUUCCCUGGUGUCUCCAGUGACAUUUAUGUGCAUGGCGGUUUCAGAGAUGCACAGGCUUCAACAGCUAGGGAAAUUCUCACUGAAGUUCAAUCACUCAUCGAGUCCAAGGGAACCAGCAAUUUAGUUGUCGUUGGACACUCACUCGGGGGAGCUCUGGCCGAACUUGACGGCCUUUUCUUCGCUCUAAACAUACCCUCUGCAUCCAUCAAGGUAAUGACUUACGGAACACCUCGUGUCGGGAAUUUGGCCUUUGCGGAGCUCAUCGAUUCUAAAGUACCAAACUUCAAGCGGAUUAAUAACAAACAUGAUUUUAUCCCUAUACUGCCUGGAAGAGACCUCGGAUAUGCUCAACCUGAAACCGAGAUCCAUAUCCUCGAACCAGGCUCUGCUGUCGCUUGUCCAGGAAAUGAUGAUGUGACUGACCCAGAGUGCCAGAUCAAAACAGUUCCAAAUAUUUUUGAAGGAAAGUUACUAGAUCAUCUUGGCCCUUAUGAGGGCAUUUACAUUGGCACAAUAUUUUGUUAUUAA